AUGUCGGCUAGCGCAAAAGGAAGGGGGGAGAAAUCUUUCCGGUCAUCUCUAUCAGCUCUUGAAAGCGCUGCCAAAGACGUACUUUCAUUCACCAAGAACAUAACAACAGUCGAUGACCUCCAGCGCCAGAAAUCAGAUCUCCAGUGUCAAUUGGAUGACGCAGGAGUAAAGAUUCGAGAGCUCCAAGAAAGUCUGAACUACGAGAAACGAAGGAACGAUGAUAAUUUUCUGAAAGUGGAGCAACUCGCCUCAGGAUGGGCUAAAAAGAAGACGUCUUUGGAGGCUAGGGUACGGGAGGUGGCAGACAGCAGCCAAAGUGCAACGAAAAAAAAGAUGGAAGACCUAGAGCAGCGGACAAAAGGUGCUGAGGAAGACAUGCUACAGUGCCAGCGCCGACUCGACGAACAGAUUAUGAAGAACCGUAAGCUCCAGACCAUGUUGGAAGAGUCGGACUUUCGUCUAAAAACCUUGAAUCAUGACAUUGCGGUGGGGGAGGUUGAUCUAGAUGAGUAUGGCAACCAGUCUAUCAUCUGCGAGCUCAUUUUCUUACUUAGUGGCAGUCUUAGGAAGGGAUUUCAGAGUAUGGAAAAGCGCCUGAAGGCGUUGAGCGCGAAGUUCUUUAAGAGCUCAACUAGUACCGAGCCAUCCAGAGCUCGUGAAAAUACAGAGCACAUCCAGACGAGCAAUUAUAGUCCCCGAUCUCAAUCGAUCAUUCCUUUCCCAUUCGCCAAUAUAACGUGCCCUCGGGAGGUCCUAGCUCAGUCAAUCAUCGCCAAUAGACUAUCCACCGACAUACUAACCCCUGUGUGCUUACCAUCGCCUAUGGGGCGCAUGGGUAUAGGUGAGGCGCUGGAAAGAUCAUCUGGGAUUCGCCCCCGCCAGAAAGCUAUACUGCGGUCGCUCCUAGUCACUGCUUUUGAAUCAGAAGAGGUCCGGCUGCGGAAUGAACUCCUUAUUACAGCUGUUUCAGAUAUCUCUCAUGAGUUGCAAUCACUACUGCAGUCCCGGGAGAUGCAGACUUUCAAGCAAGAGCUUCAAGAAUUCUUCGUCUUCGCCGCAAACGUGUGGAAACCCGUGCAAAGAUCUCAAAGAUGGAUACGGGCUACUUCAGAUCUCAGGUCCUGUCCCCCACACCACUGGCGAGACAGCGAGAGACGCACGACUUCAGAUUUUCCACUGUCAUCUGGCUCCCCUUCACUUGUCUUGUUCCCGCAUAUAUUCGAUGUGGACGAAGAGGAGCCGCUUUAUCAUGGGCUCGUCUGGUGUGUCAAGUCGAAUUUUAAGGACACAGCUGAGAAACCCAGCUGUAUCCCUCCUCGCCUACAAGGAGCCGAGGAGCAUGCUUGGAAUGAGACGAGUACUGGAACUGGGCCAGUCAUUCAGGUUGAUUCUACGCAAAUGAAGGGGUCCUCAGAGCAACUUGACGCAGGCAGAAACUAUCUGGAACGCACAGGUGAAGGGUCCAUCAGCAGUAACGGCGAAGGAGCUACUUUGAAAACACACAAGUGUCGUGCCAAUGGCCGUGAAACUCGCCGGAGUGUGGCGUUAAAAAGCGUCCCCACAGGAGGGCUAUAA